AUGGCGGCCGUGUUGGAAUACGCUCAGGACGCUGUGCAGAUCGACACAGAUGAGGAAGAAGUGUACAGCUGCAAAGUAGACUACACAGGCUAUGUUCUAGCCCUUAAUGGCCAUAAGAAAUAUCUGUGUCUUUUCAAGCCAGUCUACACAGGUGAAGACUUGGAUAGCAAGCCGGAAGAAGAAGGAGGAGGUUCCCGGUCCUGGAAGGGCAUGACACGCUCUCGAUCCACAAGUCUUCAGAUCCAUCACAAACUGGAUCGACUCGGACUCUGGGUGGAGCGACUGAUGGAAGGGACGCUGCCCAGGUACUACGUCCCAGCCUGGCCCGGUCUGGACAAGAUCACUGUCAAUAAAUGA